AUGGCAAGUCAUCGGGGAAAGUUAUUAUCAUCUGGAUCAUCAGUUGUUAUUGGAAGAGGGAAGCAAGCCGUUGGAAUAGGAGACAGAAUGAGCGCUGAUCCGAAGGAAAAAACAGGAUCGACGGUUCGAAUGUGUCAGAAAGGGUCGUCUUCUCAUCGCACCAGGUCGGAUCCUGAAGAACCAGAAAUUAUUGAACACAGAUGGGUCAAGGAGAUAGGUUUUGGUUACAUUUCCAAAAAAAAUGUCAUGCAUUUUCCCAGUUAUGUCUCAAGAAAGUGGUUGAAGGUCAACCAGAGGUCAAUUGUUUUUGUUGAUGAAGAUACAGGGGAGUCUUGGAAUGCCAGAAUAAAGUGUGCUAAGAGGAAAGGAAAGAUUAUGAAGUGGGAGAAACAUAUUGGUCCUGUUUGGUAUGAAUAUGCGAAGAAGAAGAAUAUCAGAAGGCGUGACAUGGUGCGGUUUAGGAUUACACCAACUGCUGACCGUCUUUACGUGAAGUUGUAUAAGAAUUCUUCUUAGUGUAUGGGUGUUGUUGUUGAUGUAGUAACAUCUUUUGGACAUGUUUAAUUGAAUUGGUUUUUAGAAUGAGAAAAUGCAAGGUAGUAAUUUGUUUUGGGAAAUUCUGGAAAUCUGUAAUGUGAAUCCAUGCUAAAGAUGGUAUGUAGCCGACCAAGUUAUUUAUGUUAAAGAUUGGACGUAGUUUAUUAUGUUAUAAUGGUUUAAUG